AUGGCUGACGUCAAGAGGACAAAGACCCCCAAGGAGUUCGCUGUGGACUUCCUGAUGGGUGGUGUCUCCGCUGCUGUCGCAAAGACCAGCGCUGCUCCCAUUGAGCGUAUCAAGCUUCUGGUCCAGAACCAGGAUGAGAUGAUCAAGCAAGGUCGUCUAGCUACCCCCUACAAGGGCAUCGGCGAUGCCUUCACCCGCACGUACAAGGAAGAGGGUCUCCUUUCCCUCUGGAGAGGGAACACCGCCAACGUCAUCCGUUACUUCCCCACCCAAGCCCUGAACUUCGCCUUCAAGGAUUACUUUAAGUCUUUGUUCGGUUUCAAGAAGUCGGAAGGUUACUGGAGAUGGUUCGCUGGCAACGUCGCUUCUGGUGGUGCUGCUGGUGCCUCGUCUUUGCUCUUCGUCUACUCGCUCGACUACGCCCGUACCCGCCUCGCCAACGAUGCCAAGUCAGCGAAGGGUGGAGGAGCUCGUCAAUUCAACGGUCUGGUCGAUGUCUACAAGAAGACCCUUGCCUCUGAUGGUAUUGCUGGUCUCUACCGUGGCUUCGUUCCCUCCGUCGUUGGUAUUAUCGUUUACCGCGGUCUCUACUUCGGUGUCUACGAUUCGCUCAAGCCCGUCGUCCUUGUUGGUGCUCUUGAGGGUUCGUUCUUGGCGUCCUUUGGUCUCGGAUGGGGUGUUACCAUUGGUGCUGGUCUUGCUUCCUACCCUCUGGAUACUAUCCGUCGUCGCAUGAUGAUGACUUCUGGUUCCGGUGUUAACUACAAGUCCAUGUUUGAUGCUGGUUCUCAAAUCAUUGCUAAGGAGGGCACCAAGUCGCUUUUCAAGGGUGCUGGUGCCAACAUCCUCCGUGGUGUUGCUGGCGCUGGUGUGUUGUCGCUCUACGACAAGCUCCAGGAGGUCCUCUUCGGCAAGGUCUACUCUGGUGGCUCCGGUUAA